UUUUACCCAACACUGUCAACAGGUGAUUUGGGCCGGGCCAGCCAGCCCUGGCAGUGCGUUUUCUCCGCCCCCUACGGUCGGUAACCAUAGCGAGCCCCAUAUCACCGGAGACGCUCGUGUCCAGAAUUACGAAUAUAAAACGUUGCGUGGGAAUUCCAUGCGAGGCUACCAGGUAGUAAGAUAUUUCAUGUUUGACACGUCGCAUAACAUUACAGUUUCUAUCGAGAGGUCAAUCCAAAAUGUUCCAUGGAAACCUUUAUCUUCAAGUGAGGCCUGUUGAUACAGGUUUGUUUAGUUGUCUGGUAGUUCCCAUCCUGGAUUACAAUGCCUUCUAGAUACGGAUCCCUGGUGGACCAGGGCUCAGAGUGCGUGACAAUUAAAGCGCACUACAGCGGGGACAUGCUGAUCAUGGACCUGGCUACCACGGUAACCUACAUUGGACUGUGUGAGGAGGUGAGGGUGAUGUGCGUCCUGGACCGGCAGCAGCCAAUCACGCUCAAGUGGAUCGACAAUGAGGGAGAGCCAUGUACCAUCUCUUCUCAGAUGGAACUAGAGGAGGCCUUCCGGAUCUACAGCCGCAACAGGAACUCUGGACUCCUGCUGCACGUCUUCCCCAGUACUCCAUUGAAGCCUGGUAUGUCAUGUCCAGGUGAAGACAAAUCGAUCUACCGCCGCGGGGCCAGAAGAUGGAGGAAGCUUUACCGAGUAAACGGACACCUCUUCCAGGCCAAGCGCUUUAACAGGAAAGCGUACUGUGGCCACUGCAGUGAAAGGAUAUGGGGGCUGGGGAGGCAGGGCUACAAGUGUAUCAACUGCAAACUGCUGGUCCAUAAGCGCUGUCACAAACUCGUCCCUCUGACCUGCCAAAGGCAUAUGGAUCCAGUCAUGCCAUCACAGGAGCCCCCUUUAGAUGAGAAGAGUGAAGAGGUGGACCUCCCCCCUGAACACACAGAGGAUACAGAUGGAAUAACUUUCCUACCACACAGUCGCAAAGUGGACAAAGUGGAAGAGGACUCGAAGGACAUCAAAGCGGUGGUGGGUGGGAUCGACGGUAUCAAGAUCUCCCAGGAGAUGGCGCUGGGCCUGGGGGACUUUGACCUGAUCCGGGUCAUCGGCCGCGGCAGCUACGCCAAGGUGCUGCUGGUGCGACUCAAGAAGAAUGAACAGAUCUACGCCAUGAAGGUGGUCAAGAAGGAACUGGUGCACGACGACGAGGACAUCGACUGGGUGCAGACAGAGAAGCAUGUGUUUGAGCAGGCGUCUACCAAUCCGUUUUUAGUGGGCCUUCACUCCUGCUUUCAGACAGAGAGCCGGUUAUUUCUCGUGAUCGAGUACGUCAACGGAGGGGAUCUGAUGUUUCAUAUGCAACGGCAACGGAAACUACCAGAAGAACAUGCGAGAUUCUAUGCUGCUGAAAUUUGUAUCGCUCUGAAUUUCCUGCACGAAAAGGGAAUCAUCUACCGAGAUUUGAAGCUGGACAACGUCCUCUUGGAUCACGAGGGACACAUUAAGCUCACAGACUACGGGAUGUGCAAGGAGGGCAUCAGACCUGGAGACACCACCAGUACGUUCUGUGGGACCCCCAACUACAUCGGCCCUGAGAUCCUCAGAGGGGAAGACUAUGGGUUCAGUGUUGACUGGUGGGCGUUAGGCGUGCUUAUGUUUGAGAUGAUGGCCGGGAGGUCCCCUUUCGACAUCAUCACCGACAAUCCUGACAUGAAUACCGAGGAGUACCUCUUCCAAGUUAUUCUGGAAAAAACAAUUCGCAUCCCAAGGUCCCUGUCGGUAAAGGCUGCCAGCGUGCUGAAGGGCUUUUUAAACAAGGACCCCAAAGAGCGUCUGGGUUGCCAGGUCCAAACGGGCUUCGCUGACAUCAAGUCGCACACGUUUUUCCGCAGUAUAGACUGGGACCAGCUGGAGAAGAAACAGAUGGCCCCGCCCUUCAAGCCCCAGAUCACAGACGACUACGGCCUGGAGAACUUUGACACCCAGUUCACCAACGAACCAGUGCAGCUAACGCCGGACGAUGAGGACAUCAUCAGGAGAAUAGACCAGUCCGAGUUUGAGGGAUUUGAAUACAUCAACCCCCUGCUGCUAUCCACGGAGGAGUCUGUAUGAGGGGGAGGAGACCUCCUAUUCUUCUCCCACCUGUGUCUGUCUACUGCCCCGUCCACCCCCACCCCUCUCUCAGUCAAAUCAAUGAACAACUCCCUCUGCCGAGGAGGAGUGGGAUGGAGGGAGGACAAAGGGAGGACAAGAAACUCUCGGCUUUGCACGAGGGACGAGGCUCGAGGACACAAAUACAAAAAGGAGCCUUUUUUUCUUUUGUCGUGGAUCUCCCAUAAUGGAUUGCAUUAUUUUGUCGCCGGGGCAAAACUCUUUGGAGGUGGUCAACACAACAAAAUACACAGGAACAUUCUCAAAACUCUUUGGAGUUGGUCAACACAACAAAAUACACAGGAACAUUCUCAAAACUCUUUGGAGGUGGUCAACACAACAAAAUACACAGGAACAUUCUCAAAACUCUUUGGAGGUGGUCAACACAACAAAAUACACAGGAACAUUCUCAAAACUCUUUGGAGGUGGUCAACACAACAAAAUACACAGGAACAUUCUCAAAACUCUUUGGAGGUGGUCAACACAACAAAAUACACAGGAACAUUCUCAAAACUCUUUGGAGGUGGUCAACACAACAAAAUACACAGGAACAUUCUCAAAACUCAGUUGUUGAUUGUCUUCCGUUUUCUUUGGCUUCGCGGUUUUGAUUGUUUCCCACAACAAUUCAAUUUCUGUGUCAGCAGCACGGCAGAAAGCAACUUAAUUCUGUGCCUGCCAUUGUAAAACCGAUUUCUACAUCCCCCCCCCCCCCACCCGGGUCGAAUAUGAAAGUUCUACGACUCAGAACUUGAAUUUAUGUUGUAGGAAGCUCCGCUGCCUCGAGCAAAACAAGAAUGUACAAUGAUGAAGGAAAAAAUUAUGCUAGAAGUUAUUCCUGUGUAUUCUCCUGUAGGUAGCGACUCCAAAUCAAUGCUGCCUUUCUAUUGAUUCAAAGUGGUUCGUUUUAUUCAUGACCAUGGACUUUGUUUAUUUUUCUUCAGACAGUUUGAUUUUGAUGAACAAAACCGUUUGUUUUCCUCCAUUGUUUUUAUUUAAGAAGUGCCUCAAAGAUCCAAUCUACAUCAUGUUUCUGAUUGCACUUAUCGAUUGUUUCCAAUUCCCUUCAGCUGCCUGGUGGGUUGGUUUGUUAUCUUCAGCUGCCUGGUGGGUUGGUCUGUUCCCUUCAGCUGCCUGGUGGGUUGGUCAGUUCCCUUCAGCUGCCUGGUGGGUUGGUCAGUUCCCUUCAGCUGCCUGGUGGGUUGGUCAGUUCCCUUCAGCUGCCUGGUGGGUUGGUCAGUUCACUUCAGCUGCCUGGUGGGUUGGUCAGUUCACUUCAGCUGCCUGGUGGGUUGGUCAGUUCCCUUCAGCUGCCUGGGUGGUCGGUCUGUUACCUUCAGCUGCCUGGUGGGUCGGUCUGUUCCCUUCAGCUGCCUGGGUGGUUGGUCUGUUCCCUUCAGCUGCCUGGUGGGUCAGUCUGUUCCCUUCAGCUGCCUGGGUGGUCGGUCUGUUCCCUUCAGCUGCCUGGUGGGUUGGUCUGUUCCCUUCAGCUGCCUGGUGGGUUGGUCUGUUCCCUUCAGCUGCCUGGUGGGUCGGUCUGUUCCCUUCAGCUGCCUGGUGGGUCGGUCUGUUCCCUUCAGCUGCCUGGUGGGUCGGUCUGUUCCCUUCAGCUGCCUGGUGGGUCGGUCUGUUCCCUUCAGCUGCCUGGUGGGUUGGUCUGUUCCCUUCAGCUGCCUGGUGGGUUGGUCUGUUCCCUUCAGCUGCCUGGUGGGUUGGUCUGUUCCCUUCAGCUGCCUGGGUGGUUGGUCUGUUCCCUUCAGCUGCCUGGUGGGUUGGUCUGUUCCCUUCAGCUGCCUGGGUGGUUGGUCUGUUACCUUCAGCUGCCUGGUGGGUCGGUCUGUUCCCUUCAGCUGCCUGGUGGGUCGGUCUGUUGGUGAAGAAAGCCAUUGGAACACAUCAUUCAUAAAGACCACAGGUCCUCAAUUCUAAAACGUUUUCAUGUACCGAUUUGUUCGUAAAUUGUGCAUACACUAAAAUGUAGACUAUGCCAAACUUUUAAGAGUUAAAGAUUUAACAACCUUCAGCUUGAUGAUCACGUUGAGCUUGAUCAUCACAACACAAACUAUCAUCUGUGUGUGAACAGAAUUCUCAACGAUAAUGCAUCGUCCUCUGCACUAAAGUCUGGGCUACUGUACGUCACUUAGAACAUCUUAACAAGUCAAAGUUGCCAUGGUAAGUUGCCAUGGUAUGUUGCCAUGGUAAGUUGCCAUAGUAAGUUGCCAUAAACAGCAUAAAGAUGUAAGUUAGUUGAUCACCGUAGAUUGUGAGUUAAGUGCGUUUUAAUGGGGAACUCGUUCUAAAUUGUGCAUACUCACAUUUUGAGAACUGAUUGAACGCUCAUAUGUUGUAUAACAACUCAUUUUAUAAAUGAGGCCCCAUGUCUUAUGCCAUUCGAAUGGUUGAAUCUUUAAAAUGAACGUUGUGGAGCACAGUAGCCAUCCAAGGUUCUGAUGAAAGCAUGGUUAUAAAUGGUUAAAUAGAGUACAGGGCUACAUCACUCCUGAAUGAUCGAACCUUUUAACUUAUUGUCUGCAUACAUACACUGGUGCACAAUGUGACAAACUGUGUUGGAUGUCAGUGACUGGCAUGCUGGUGAUUUGGACUUUGACUGCACAGCAGAAGGCUACACUGAAUAUAAUAGUUGAGGACUGGACAUGGUGGUGGGUGAAGACAUUGUUAAGGUGCACAUGCUGACCUGCACUACAACUGACCUGUAAUCAGUGAAUAGGGGCGAGAUUAAUGAAGCUGUGGCAUAUCCACAGAUUAGUCGAAAACACACACACACACACACACACACACACACACACACACACACACACACACACACACACACACACACACACACGCACACACACACACACAUACACACACACACACACACAAACUGUUCAACAAGCAAGCAUUCUCUUCAUCUACGUAAGGGGAGAUUCCACUUUUUCAAAGCCAUCUUACUUUUGAUAUCACAUCAGUGUCACCAUUUUGUUUUAUUUCUGAACUGUGUUUUAUGUUGAACUCAAAAGGAAUACAUUCACUUGACAUUGUCUCGCGAGAGAUCAACGGAUUAACUGAAGUGGUAGCUCUUGAAAUCGUUGCUGACGCUAAAGCAACGGCCAUUGUAAACCAGGAAAAGAAAAAAGAAAGGUUGGAUCUCAAUUGUAUUUUCUUUGAUUCCUCACAUCCUCUAUUCUCGUCUCCUCUCGUCUCCUCAAAAUGCAUUAGAGCAGAAGACCGGCGGUUCCACCCAAUACAAUUGAGAUUCCCAUAAAGAGUAUCUGUAAAAAUGUUACUUAGUACAUGAUUUUUUUUGUGUUUUAAAACAUAUUUGCUGGUUGGAUGUGCUUAAUUCUGCUUUAACGCAUCUCUGUAAUUAUUAAAAACAAAAAUGUUUUUCCGUGAA